AUGUCAAACCAUACAAAACCAUAUCAUGGUGACUGCUAUCUAGAUCAAAUAGAUCACAGGCGGGAGCUUAAGCAGCAGUUUUCCUUUCUAUCAAUGUUAGGCUUGGCUUUUGCCAUCCUGAAUUCAUGGACCGCAUUAUCAACAAGUCUAUCCAUCAGUUUACCCUCGGGUGGAAGUUCCUGUGUUGUCUGGGGGCUCAUCACAUCCGGAACCUGCAGCUUAUGUAUGGCUACCUCGCUUGCGGAGUUUCUUUCUGCAUAUCCAACCGCGGGAGGACAAUAUCACUGGGUUGCACUGAUAUCCUGGGAUAGCUGGAUGCCAAUCAUAUCAUGGAUAACCGGCUGGGUGAACUGUUCUGGCUGGGUGGCCCUAGCAGCUACUGGUGGCGUCCUUGGGAGCCAACUGAUCCUCGGCAUUGUUUCCUUGGUCAAUCCAGCAUACCAGUCUCAGACCUGGCAUCAGUUUCUGAUAUAUCUUGGGUACGCUUUUGCUGCUUUUACCAUGAACGCCACUGGUAACAGCCUAUUGCCCCACUUGACCAGAGCUGCGUUUAUCUGGUCUUUGAGCGGCUUUGCCAUCAUUUGUGUUGUGGUGCUGUCUUGCUCAGCCCCAAACUACAACUCGGCAGAGUUUGUUUUUCGCGGUUUUGUCAAUCAGACCGGGUGGCCCGAUGGGGUUGCCUGGUUACUGGGACUUUUACAAGGGGGUCUCGGCGUCACCGGCUUUGAUGCAGUAGCUCAUAUGAUCGAAGAAAUUCCGAAUCCAUCAGAAACAGGGCCACAAAUUAUGAUCGCUUGCGUCGGAAUUGGGACAAUAACAGGGUCCCUCUUUCUUGUUGUACUUCUCUUUGUGGCUGGUAAUAUCUCGGAAAUCAUUGAUUCUGCUGCAACGCCACUGCUGGCAAUAUUAAGUCGUGCCACCGGAAAUACCCCGGGGGCCAUUUGUCUCUUGAUGUUCCCCAUUAUUUGUGUUCUUUUUGCGGCAACAGCCAUCAUGACGACAAGUAGUCGCAUGAUAUAUGCGUUUGCUAGAGAUGGUGGACUUCCCGCCUCAUUCUUUUUCUCUCGGAUUCACCCGAAGCUCCAAGUCCCUCUCAAUGCGCUUUAUCUCAACUUGGUUCUCGUUAUCAUCUUCGGGUUCAUUCUACUAGGAUCAACCAGUGCUUUCAAUGCCAUCAUAUCAGCCUCGGUCGUGCUACUGGAUCUCUCAUAUGGGAUCCCCAUUGCAGUCCACUGUCUUCGAGGACGCAAUAUGCUUCCCGAGAGAACUUUUAUGCUUCCCAAUCUUCUUGGUUGGGCUUUGAAUAUCGUUUCGCUAUUAUACAUCAGCUUAACGACGGUACUUUUUCUCUUUCCACCCGGGUUACCUGUUACCGGCAGCAAUAUGAACUAUUGCGUUGUGGCAUUCGGUAUCAUCUUGAGUAUCUCGACCAUCCAGUGGUUUGUGGAUGGUCGAAAGAACUACUCAGGGCCUCGAGUGGAAGUGAUUGCGAGGAGCUAG